AUGGCCUCCAGUGGACCUGGUAAACCUGUUGACACCCACAUGCAAACGAACAACCCCAUUGAAUGCGUCAUCAAUUGGCGAGACGAUGUACGUGUGUAUUUGGUUUCUGAACUCCAUACUUCAACCAAGAUCGGAAUCUUUGGCCAGACAAAGGCCAUGCGCAAGCUUUCCCCGCUCUCGUCUCUGACACGAUGGGCUACGCUUGUUCUCGCCUGCUCUCAAGUUGGUGAAGCUUUAUGUGGGGUCAUUCUGGAAUUCGCCGAGCGAUCGUCGCCCCUCGUUGCAUCCCUUCCCGGUUCUUUCGAGACGGGUCCAUACGCUCGCUCGCUCCCACUAGGCUGA